AUGGCCGACGCGAGUUGUGGCGUUGUACCGAUUUGGCUAUGGGGAUGGGAGUCAACGCGGCGCACAGUUCUAUUAGAUUUGCCAGUGAAGAUUGUAGUCAUACAGCACACAGUGUCACCGCCAUGUUAUACUGAUCAUACCUGUGAAAGCAACUUGAAAAGCAUUAGAGAUUACCAUAUCAAUCAUUUAAAUUUCACCGACAUCGGCCAAUCUUUCUUUAUCGGGAGCAACGGCAAAGUAUAUGAAGGUGCAGGUUGGAAGCACGUCGGAGCUCACACGCGCGGGUACAACGAUAAGGCCAUUGCUGUGUCUUUCAUAGGAGACUUUUCAUAUGAUCUUCCGACACCAGAAGCUUUGCAGGCUGCUGAAGAUUUGUUAUCUUGUGGUGUUAAGAAUUACUAUCUAACACCAAACUACCGUAUCGUUGGUCACCGGCAGUUAUCCGCGACUAAUAGUCCGGGAGAUAAGCUGCAGGAACAUAUCAGCACCUGGUCACAUUGGACAUACGCUUUGUAAUAUUACGAAGCACCAAUAGCUCAAUGGUUAAAAGUACAGACUGAUGAC